UCCUCCUCCUCAGCCCCCUCCAUCCUCCACUCCCCCCCCUCCAUCAUCUUAAUACUUCUUUCUCCGCCUCGUCCUUUCCACACGACAACUCCCUUCACAAUCCUCUCCCCUCCUUUCCCCCCAUUAAUAUUUCCCCCCUUCUUCUGCACCCCCGCCUUCCUUCCUCAUCUUCUUUAAACUCUCCCUUUCCCUCUCGAUUACUUUUACUUUUAACCCCCUUUCCUUUUGCACCCUGACCCUAAACACGUUUCUCCAGAAAGAACUUCCCUUGAGCUCAAUGGGAUUUUCCAGGAUUUAGGAUUAUUAUUUAUUUAUUUAUAUAGCACCAUCAGUGGGCAGCCAGGACCUCCUAUUCCCAUUAUUUAUUUCCAUCCAUCUUCGGUCCCUUCUUCCUUGAAAAGCCUUCCCACCCACGCGCCCCCCAUCCCUGCUGCCUUCGCCUUCCUCCUUUUUGAUGCCUCUCUGGUCCCCUCUUCCUCCUUCUCUUCCCCCCCCCUCUCCUAAAAUCCCCUCCUUCCCCCAUUGGAAAAGCCUUCCCACCCACGCGCCCCCCAUCCCUGCUGCCUUCGCCUUCCUCCUUUUUGAUGCCUCUCUGGUCUCCUCUUCCUCCUUCUCUUCCCCCCCUCUCCUAAAAUCCCCUCCUUCCCCCAUUGGAAAAGCCUUCCCACCCACGCGCCCCCCAUCCCUGCUGCCUUCGCCUUCCUCCUUUUUGAUGCCUCUCUGGUCUCCUCUUCCUCCUUCUCUUCCCCCCCUCUCCUAAAAUCCCCUCCUUCCCCCAUUGACCCCCUUCCUUUCUCAACUUCCCUUUCUCCUUCUCCAUCCCCUCCUCUGACAUCUCUUGAUGCUCCAGCCCAGCCCAUCUUCCCUCCCCCUCCAGCUGUGCAGUUGAUCCAGUCUGCCUUUGUGUCUGAUGGGAAGCAGAUGUGCCUGCAUGGGAUGCAGUCUUGGGAUGAUGGGAUGAAGCCUCUCUUCAAUCCUCCUUUCCCCCCCCCACUCCCACGUUUUUGGAAGUGCCCCCCAAAAUGUCUCUUCUGGUGAUCAGCAGACACAUCCAAGAAGUACCUGAUGGGUGCUCUCUGUAAUAGAAACUGGGAGGCAAGGAUUUGGCAACAUUAGUCUUGGAACUUCUGUGAAGCCCGUCACAUCAAAGCAUGGCAGAAAAUAAAGAAAGGAAUCCUAAAAACACAGACGUGAGGCCUAAAACCAGCCGGAGUAGAAGUGCAGACAGAAAAGACGGAUACGUAUGGAGUGGAAAGAAGCUUUCUUGGUCCAAAAGGAGCGAGAACGGUUCCGAUGCAGAGGCGGCAAGCACCUCUGGAAAAUCUGCGCUGAGUCUAAAGACCCAGGAGAGGAAACACAGCUGUUCCUCCACUGAGCUGGACUUGGAACGUUCAUGUGGCCACAGGUUCCUGGGGCGUUCCCUUAAACAGAAGCUGCAGGACGCCGUGGGGCAGUGUUUCCCCAUAAAGAAUUGCGGCAGUCGGCAUUCUUCGGUGCUCCCAUCAAAGAGGAAAAUACAUAUCAGCGAGCUUAUGUUGGACGAGUGCCCUUUUCCACCCCGAUCUGAGCUAGCCUUCCGGUGGCAUUUAAUCAAACGGCACACUGCCCCCGUCAAGCAAAGAUCCGAAAGUUGGCUGAGUACGGAGUCUUCCCAGGGCGAAGGGAAAGAUGGAGACCUGAGGGAGGUUGAGAGUGUGGAUGGAGGAGGGUCAGCUGUUUUGCAGGCAUGUAGCAUGAGUGACAGCGCUUCCUGUAGGUGCGACCCUCGGGGCGAAUCCGCCACGGGCAAGCAGCUAAGGAACGGCAGAGAGGACAGCGACAUGGACUCCGACGAUGAAGUGGUGACGCUUUGUACUAGCUCUAGGAAGAGGAACAAGCCACGAUGGGAAACAGACGAUGAGCUGUUGCAACUGGAAACGCCUCCUAAAUAUCACACCCAGAUUGACUAUGUCCAUUGCCUCGUCCCGGACCUCCUGCAGAUCAAUAAUAACCCAUGCUACUGGGGAGUGAUGGAUAAAUACGCUGCAGAAGCUCUUCUGGACGGAAAGCCAGAGGGGACUUUUUUGUUACGAGACUCUGCCCAGGAAGACUACUUGUUCUCCGUUAGUUUUCGGCGUUACAGCCGUUCCCUUCACGCCAGGAUUGAGCAGUGGAAUCACAACUUCAGCUUCGAUGCUCAUGACCCCUGUGUCUUCCAUUCCCCUGACAUUACUGGACUCUUAGAACAUUACAAAGAUCCCAGCUCUUGUAUGUUCUUUGAGCCGCUUCUUUCUACCCCCUUAAACAGGACUUUCCCCUUUUCUCUCCAACAUAUAUGCAGGACAGUUAUUUGUAACUGUACAACUUACGACGGCAUAGAUGCCCUUCCUAUUCCUCCAUCUGUGAAAUUAUAUUUGAAAGAAUAUCAUUAUAAGUCUAAAGUUAGAGUCCUCAGGAUUGAUGUACCAGACCUACAAGCCUAGAAGACAUUUUCAAAGGCGUUUUUGGUUAUUUGUUAAAGCUCUGGGAAGACCUCUUUUUUCUCUCUCUGAUUUCCCCCCCCCCUGCAAAAUUAUUUAUAAUCCAAACUGAAUUCUGCCUGAGCCUUAGGAUCCAAAUAGAUUUUUAUUCCCUUGACCCAAUGGGUAGACUUUUUUGGGGGAAGACACGAUAUCUGUGGUUUUAUUGGUAGUAAUAUUCUGUAAGGUUUUAUGGACUUUCAAAUAAGUUUUAAAGUUUUCACUCACACCUAACCUUUUUAGAUUUGAAUAUUAAGUCAAAAUGGAAUUUGACUUGCCUUUUAUAAACUGUGAAUUAUAUGCGGUACAGGCAUGUUUUAAACACUGUAUGCAGUGGUUCCUCAAGAGUGACUAAUUUGUAUUUUAUACCUUUCUUUGAAAAUUAGUACUUUGUCCUCUCUCUCUAU